AUGCCUUUCUCGGGGCAGAUUUCCUCGCCGCUUUCGAUCUUCUGGUCGACUGCCGUCAGUCACGUCUUCACGACCACACUACGAAACUCACUGUCCAGGGUAUCUCUUCCUCCGACGCUUCCCGUCAACUCUCCGUCUUGGACCCUGAACCCGAGAAUCCAUUUCGGCAACCACUCGCCAAAUACCCCGCCCUCAGUCUUCCCAACUUCAACGCUUCUAUUCCACCACACGACGUUGUUCACCAUAUCCGGACCAUUAGCACUCCCGUGUUAUCUCGCCCCCAGCCGUCUCGCGAUUGCACGUCUUGCUGCCACCAAGUCCGAGUUCGAGCAAAUGCUUCAAAUGGGCAUCAUCCGUCAGUAUGAAAGCCCAUGGGCCUCACCCCUCCACAUGGUUCCAAAGGCCGCCACUGGUGACUGGCGCCCCUGCGGUGAUUACAGGGCCCUGAACAACGCUACUGGCCCGGACCGCUACCCUGUCCCACAUCUUCAGGAUUUUGCCGGUGUCCUAUUCGGCAAGUCUGUAUUCUCGAAGAUCCGUCUGGUCCGUGCUUUCCACCAAAUACCCAUAGCCCCAGAGGACGUUUCGAAGACGGCCGUUACCACCCCCUUUGGCCUCUUUGAGUUCCUGCGCAUGCCGUUUGGACUUCGCAACGCCUCCCAGACCUUCCAAAGUUUCGUAGACAGGGUGCUUCGCGGCCUGCCAUUUGUCUACGCCUAUAUCGACGACCUUCUGGUAGUUAACCCCACCGCCGAAGAACACAACCCGUCCAAAUGCGUCUUAGGUGUGCCCUCCCUAGAAUUUCUCGGUCAUCUUGUCGACUCCCACGGCAUUCGGCCUCUUCCCUCAAAGGUUGCCGCCAUUUGGGACUUUCCACUCCCUACCUCGAAGCGUCAGUUGCAACGGUUGCUUGGUAUGGUGAAAUUUUAUCGCCGGUUUCUCGCAAACUGUGCCGAUUCCAUCCUACCUCUGACCAGUCUGCUCUCAGGUUCCAAGCGCAACCUUGAACUUACACCAGCAGCACUCACGCCAUUUGGGCAGGUAAAAGCCCUUCUGGCUGAUGCCACCCUCCUGACUCACUUUCUCUGA